AAUUACAAUAAUUAUUACUACGCAUAAAAUGUUUACGGAUAAUUUGUAAAUAAAAAGUGUAAAAAAAUAAAAUUCAAUUAGUAGGUAUUUAGCUUUGUUGUGCUUCAGACAAAAUCUAAACAUUUAUUUUUUUUACAAGAAAUUAUAAAAAGAAAAACUGACUGAAAAAUGACUCUUUAUUCGCUUUUUGUUAUUUUCUUUUUAAACAUAUUAUUGUGUUCUGUGAAAACAGAUGGAAAUACGUGUGGUGAAAAUCGUGUAAUGGCAAUGGCAAAAAUCUACCGUGAAAUACAAUGUACACCAAUAUUUGAUGCUAAAAAACAAUGUCCAAGGGCUUACGACUGUCAAAUAUUUCGAACAAUAAAUGCGAAUCCCAACAAAUGCUAUUGGAAUAAUACAGAAUAUGAAGUUGGUAGCCAAUUACCAAAUGAAUUAACGGAAAUGGAUUGCUUUGCUUCUUGUUACUGUUCGUCAUCCAAAGAUUUGCGUCGUACAGAACUUAAUAUUGUUCAAGCUGGAUUUCGAUGCGCCAAUAUUGAAUGUCCAAGCGAUCUGGGUUAUAAUAAUUCACCACCAGAAGCAGGCUGUCAUUAUGAACAUAAUUUACGAAAUUGUUGCCCUAGCGGCAUAAUAUGCCCUCACAAAGAUAGAAUUAUACGACAAUCCUGUAUGGUCGACGGUCAAAUAAUUUUGCAUGGAAUGAGAAUUGAACCAUCAAAUUCAGAAUGUUCCAGUUGUGUUUGCAAUGAUGGAAAAGUUGAAUGUAGAGAAGUGAAUUGUGGAGUACAACUAUUGCAUUUAAACGAUCUAGUAGAUGGCGUUGGAGUUUUAUUUUAUGGUGAAGGGAAAUGCUGUCCAAUCGGUUAUGUUUGGCCGACUGGAAAUGAAGUAAUUCGUCCUCGUGCAUUAAUUAGUCGAUCAAAUAAUGACCAAACUUUCCAAUGUAAAUUUGGUAAUUUAACUGUUGGAAUUGGUGACGAAGUGAUUACCAGCGAAACAAAUGAGAAUACAAAAUGCGCCUGCUUAGUACCGCCAUUAAUAACAUGCAUUCAACAGCCACAUUCUGAUUAAAUUAUUUAUGAAGGAUGCAUAUACAAGCGCCAUGGCAAUUUCGGAUAAAAAGGCUUGAUUUCUUUUUACAUGAAAGUUGAACUUAUUCUAAAUCAAUUUUGAUAAUUUUAGGAGGGGUUGUCCGAUUAUUUAAAUAAAUAAAUGAUUUCAAAAGUAGGCAUAUUUAAAAUU